UCCCGUCGGGGACAUUCCGGGGCUGCAGAGCAGACCAGGCCUCGUGGAGAAUUAGGUGCUGCUGGGAGCUCCUGUCUCCCACAGGAUCCCAGCUGCAGGGAGCCUUGGGGACUCUGGCCCGCCUGGAGUUGGGGACAUUCCCCAGAGAGCGCCGUCAUGGCCUGCACGGAGCACUUAUCAAAGAAUCGGGGCAAGUGGGUGUUUGCAGGCAUCACCUGUGUGUCUGUGGUGGUCAUUGCCGCCAUAGUCCUUGCCAUCACCCUGCGGCAGCCAGGCUGUGAGCUGGAGGCCUGCAGCCCCGAUGCCGACAUGCUGGACUACCUGCUGAGCCUGGGCCAGAUCAGCCGCCGAGAUGCCCUGGAGGUCACCUGGUACCACGCAGCCAACAGCAAGAAAGCCAUGGCAGCUGCCUUGAACAGCAACGUCACAGUCCUGGAGGCUGACGUCAAUGUAGAAGGGCUCGGCACAGCCAACGAGACAGGAGUUCCCAUCAUGGCACACCCCCCGGCUAUCUACAGCGACAACACACUGGAGCAGUGGCUGGACACGGUGCUGGGCUCUUCCCAGAAGGGCAUCAAACUGGACUUCAAGAACAUCAAGGCUGUGGGCCCCUCCCUGGACCUCCUGCGGCGGCUGACAGAGGAAGGCAAAGUCCAGCGGCCCGUGUGGAUCAACGCUGACAUCUUAAAGGGCCCCAACGUGCCCAUCUCAUUUGAGGUCAAUGCUACACAGUUCCUGGCCCUGGUCCAGGAGAAGUAUCCCAAGGCCACCCUGUCUCCAGGCUGGACCACCCUCUACAUGGCCAUGUUCCCAAACAGGACGUACACCCGAGCCAUGGUGGAGAAGAUGCACGAGCUGGUGGGAGUGGUACCCCAGAGGGUCACCUUCCCUGUGCGGUCUUCCAUGGUGCGGGCCGCCUGGCCCCACUUCAGCUGGCUGCUGAGCCAAUCUGAGAGGUAUAGCCUGACGCUGUGGCAAGCUGCCUCGGACCCCAUGUUGGUGGAGGACCUGGUCUACGUCCGGGACAACACUGCUGUCCACCAAGUCUACUACGACAUCUUUGAGCCUUUCCUGUCGCAGUUCAAGCAGCUGGCCUUGAACGCCACACGGAAACGAAUGUACUAUACGGGGGGCAGCCUGAUCCCUUUUCUCCAGCUGCCGGGGGGUGAUGGGCUGAACGUGGAGUGGCUGGUUCCCGACGUCCAGGGCAGCGGUAAAACAGCGACGGUGACCCUCCCAGACACAGAAGGCAUGAUCCUGCUGAACACUGGUCUCGAGGGAACUGUGGCUGAGAACCCCGUGCCCAUUGUUCGUGCUCCAAGUGGCAGCAACCUGACGCUGGAGUCCUGCCUGCAGCAGCUGGCCACACAUCCCAGAUGUUGGGGCAUCCAUUUGCAAAUAGCAGAGCCUGCAGCCCUCCAGCCAUCCCUGGCCUUGCUGGCACGCCUCUCCAGCCUUGGCCUCUUGCACUCGCCUGUGUGGGUGGGGGCCAAAAUCUCCCAUGGGAGUUUUUCGGUCCCUGGCUAUGUGGCUGGCAGAGAGCUACUUACAGCUGUGGCAGAGGUCUUCCCCCACGUGACUGUGGCACCAGGCUGGCCUGAGGAGGUGCUGGACAGCGGCUACAGGGAACAUCUGCUCACAGAUAUGCUAGAGCUGUGCCAGGAGCUCUGGCAACCUGUGUCCUUCCAGAGGCCGGCCAUGCCACGGGGCCAUAGCACAGCUGGAGCCGUAGCCAGGCUGCUGGCCUCUUCCCCCCGGGCCACCGUCACAGUGGAGCACAGCCCAUCUGGGGGCGACUAUGCCUCUGUGAGGGCAGCGCUGCUGGCAGCCAGGACUGUGGACAGGACCCAAGUUUACUACAGGCUGCCCCAGGGGUACUUCAAGGACUUGCUGGCUGAUGUUGGCAGAAACUGAGCACCUGGGGUGGUGGGCCAGUGGACCUCAGGGCGGAGGCUGCCCAUGGAGAGGCAGGAAGAAAUAAAGGCCUUUGCCUUUCUCCAGGCA